AUGGUCGUCGAAGAUCUCGCUGCCGCGGUCGCUCUGCCCCUCGGGGAUGGCGCCGUCGAACGCGUCGAGGUCCUCGUCCACCUCCUCCGGCAGGGCCGACAUCUGCAGCUUCAUCUCCGCCUCGCGCUGCUGGAGGCUGAGCAGGGCGAUCGCGUGCCGGUUCUUCUCCUCCUCUUCUUCCUCUCGGCGUCUGGUCCAGGUCGCGAGGGGAUUGACCGUGCGGCCGUGUAUAAACGUGUUGACGGCCUUCGCCUUCAGGCCGGUCACGCUGCCCACGUCGCUGAGGGGCAGCGCGAUGGCGUUCGGAUCGGCGCCGCCCUCCAGGAGCGCACGUACCCUGUCGGUGCUGCCGGCCUCUCCGCGGCAGAGCUCUGGGGCUGCGCACUCAGCUCCCCAGGGGCGGUCCUGGCCAGCCUCCACGGGCUCCCAUGGCCCUAG